GAAACAUGCAUGAUGGCGGCGCCGCAGCUUUCAAAGGUGGAAAGAAGAGCUGCGGACAGAUCCUCCAUUCCAAGCCCUCACAAUGUCACAUCACACAAGCUAGCAGAUGUUGGGCAAUUGGGGUGCACAGCAUUGUGGUGUUCGUUCCCAGUGCUGUAGAACCAAGGAGAGCAGUUGAAACAGGCACGGAAGGAGCACUUACAGCUCAGGUCUUUGCUGUUGGAAGCUGGGAGAGCAAUUGGGGUGGCUUGAGAACUGCCACCUCGGUUAACAGCGGGGUCAAUAUCAGGCCCAGCUUUGCAAGAGCUCCAGCAACGGUUAGCUUCUCGACUGGGGCAGUCAGCAUGGCGGGAGGUGCUUCGGAGCCAGGCGCUGCGGAGUAUAUUGUUGUCUACGUGACCAUCUCAAACGUUGAGGAAGGUCGCAAGCUCGCAAAGAGCAUAGUCGAGGCCAAGCUAGCGGCGUGCGUGAAUAUGGUGCCAGGCGUCGAGUCGACUUAUUGGUGGGAAGGAAAGGUAACCACCGACUCCGAGGUGCUGCUCAUCGCCAAGACCCGCCAAUCCCUACUAGGAGAGCUGACCGCCUUCGUGAAGGCCAAUCAUCCUUACGAGCUACCGGAGGUUAUCAGUUUACCAAUCACAGGGGGCAACGACAAGUAUAUCGAGUGGCUCGGGCAAAGCACCGAGCGCAAGGGCUAGCGAACCCACUUCGCACGUCGUCAGAGACCUGGCUAGGUAAAAGACGAACAAAAUCCUGCAGCAAUAAACUACGUCAAGCGUCGCACUGUGGUCGUAAUCAGCUAAAACCUGUUCAGUCCCCUCUCAAGAGACGUCAGCCGGUCGCUUUGUAACAACCGGUCCGUCCCUUAUUCAUUCUGUGGUGAAGAGGACACCAGCAUCGGAUUUUUUAAGGCGUCCAGUCUCAAAACCGAGCCUCUUUGCCUUUUACAACAUUGAACGAUCCGCUCCGAUCGUGGGGUACCUGCCGGCUGCUGCGCCAAAACUUUUUUCUGCUCU